AUGGUACGACAGGCAUUCUUUACAAAUCUAACAACAAAACUACGGAAUUUUGAAAAUGAUAAUCAAGCAUGUCAUUAUUUGAAAAGAUUUGGAAUUCGACUUGUUACACGAAAGACUAUUACACAAUUACAAUCUGAAGCUGAAAAUACUAAUGAAUUGAAACGUACAUUAAGUACAUUUCAAGUAAUGGCAUUAGGUAUUGGUAGUAUUAUUGGUACGGGUAUAUUUGUAUUGAGUGGCGAAGCAGCUGCUAAAUAUGCUGGUCCUGCUGUUAUUGUUUCAUUUAUUAUUGCUGCAAUUGUUGCUGGACUUGCUGCUUUUUCAUAUGCCGAAAUGUCUUCAAUGGUACCGAUAUCUGGUUCAGCUUAUUCAUAUACUUAUGCUACUAUGGGUGAAUAUUUAGCAUGGAUUAUUGGAUGGGAUUUAAUUCUUGAAUAUUUAUUAGCAGCUGCUACGGUAGCUGUAGGUUGGAGUGGUUAUGUUGUUCAUUUUAUUGAAACUAUAUCGAAACAUAAUGCAACAAGAUCGAUUGUUCAAGCACCCAUUGCUUGGAGUGAUGAUUCAAACUCUUUUUAUGUUACAGGAAAAGUGAUUAAUCUACCGGCAGUAGUAAUUAUUAUUGCACUCACAAUAUUACUCGUUAUUGGCAUUGGUGAAUCAGCAAAAGUCAAUAUAGUGAUUGUUGUAAUCAAAAUUCUCGUUGUCUUAUUAUUCAUCUUUGCAUGUUGUGGUUAUACUAAGCGCAGUAAUUAUUCGCCUUUCUUUCCGCCUAAUGAAGGUAGUUUUAAUAGAUAUGGAGUAACUGGUAUGUUACAUGGUGCAACCGUUGUAUUUUUUGCUUAUAUUGGUUUCGAUUCGGUGACAACAACAGCACAAGAAACAAAAAAUCCACAGCGUUCAAUGCCUAUUGGAAUUAUUGGUUCGUUAUCGAUUUCUACAGUGCUCUAUAUCGGUGUAUGUGCUGUAAUGGUCGGUAUUGUACCAUAUAAAACACUUGACUCACCAAGUCCAAUCUCAGAAGCUAUUAAAGGUACGCCACAUGGAAUAUGGUUGCCUAUUAUUAUCGAUUUGGGAGCUAUUGCCGGUUUGACAAGUGUAUCUCUUGUUAGUCUUCUUGGACAAUCACGUAUAUUUUAUUCUAUGGCUCGUGAUGGUCUGUUACCAUCGGUAUUUGCUAAUGUUCAUCAUCGUACUAAAACUCCUUGGAUAUCUACAAUUAUUAUUGGUUUAGUCUGUGCAAUAUUUGCUGCCGUCCUUCCUUUAGGUAUUCUUGGUGAAAUGACAUCGAUCGGAACUUUAGUAGCCUUUUUUCUUGUACAUAUUUCUGUCAUAAUUAUGCGUUUUACACAUAAAGAAGUACCACGAGGUUUUCUGGUUCCUUUUGGACCUUGGAUUUUGCCUCCUAUUGGAGCACUACUCUGUAUUUUGCUUAUGGUAAGCUCUUCAAAAGAAACCGGUAUUCGACUUGCUGUCUGGAUGGGUAUCGGUCAAAUUGUUUAUUUUACCUAUGGUUUUUGGCAUUCAAAAUUACGGUACUCACAACGACUUAAUUCAUCUAUGGGUAUUGAUAAUUUUGCGACAGAAUUCGAUACCCAAUCACCAAAAUAUGAACAUGCAUCAGAAAUGGUUGUUUUUAACGAAGAAAAAUUAUAA